AUGAAAACAAACGCUCUCAUUUCCUUGCUUGGUUUGUCCGGUAGCGCCCUAGGCGCUGCGGUGGCUAAGGGAAGCCAAGAGCCCUUCGGAUACAAAUCCGGCUCGAAGGAAUCUAUUGCCAACAUGAAGGAUAAGAUCGAGAACGUUGUGUGGAUCCUACUGGAGAACCGUGGAUUUGACAAUAUCCUCGGUGGUGUCAAGAAGGAUGGCUUGGACAAUGUUGUCAACAACGGUCCCUUUUGGAACCCCCAAAGCGUCAAUGAUACCAACAGCAAGAAGUGGUACAGCCAGUACAAAGACUACGACUCGGUCCUCCAUGAUCCUGACCACUCUGUCACUGGUGUUAACUUUGAGCUCUAUGGAACUUACAACCCCGACAACGAGGCUAUCGCUAAUGGUACCUUGAAGCCCAACCUGGAGGGCUUUGUCAACCGCCAGAUGGACGCCUACCCCAGUAUCUCAGCCCAGCGGGCCACUGAUGAGGUUAUGGGCUACUACUCGGAAGAUGAAAUUCCAACUCUCGUCGAUUUGGUUGAUGAAUUCACCACCUUCAACUACUGGCACUCUUGUGUCCCUGGUCCUACCAACCCCAAUCGCCUCUGUGCAGUCUCCGGUACUGCCGAUGGCCACGGCAAGAACGAUGAGAGCUUUGAUGUCUCCGGCGUGGACACCAGCAGCAUCUUCCAAGUUGCCUCAGAGAAGGGCAUCUCGUGGCUCAACUACGACGGCACCAACGGCGAUUUCCUGCCUGACUCCAUGUUCUUCAACUGGACAGCUCAAAACGCCAAGAGCAAUGUCGUGCCACUUGAAAACUUCUACCAAGACGCCUACCUGGGUCUUCUGCCGCAGCUGUCUUACAUCAACCCAUCUUGCUGCGGUCUGAACACAAACUCGAUGCACCCCUCCGGCAACGUUUCCUUCGGCCAGGUCCUCCUGAAGCAGAUCUACGAUGCCGUCCGCACCGGUCCGCAGUGGGACAAGACCCUCCUUCUUAUCACCUUUGAUGAAACUGGCGGUUUCUUCGACCACGUUGCGCCCCCGCUUGCCGUCCGCCCCGACGACAAGACCUACACUGAGACCGCUGUUGAUGGCAGCGAGUAUACACUCAACUUUGAUCGUCUGGGUGGCCGUAUGCCCACCUGGUUGGUUUCUCCCUAUGCUCCUCAGGGCCAUGUUGAAAACUAUGGCACCGAUCCUGUCACUGGCAAAUCCUCUUCCUACAGCGCUACCUCGGUGCUCAAGACGCUCGGCUACUUGUGGGAUCUGGAAGAUAUGAGCCCUCGUGUGAAGCACUCUCCUGCCUUUGAUCAUCUCAUUGGCCCCAAGGCUCGCUCUUCGGCCCCCACCACCCUCAAAAAUCCUUCCCCUUUCCCUGAUGCUAUCUAA